GCUCAGUUGCUCCUGAAUUUGCGACUCGUCGUUACUUUCGGUUUUGCCGGCGCAGAGAUUUUAUGCCCUGUCUUGAUUGCAUGCCAUGCCAACUACGGCUCCUACGAGUCAUCUACAGUAGAGCACCCCUAUUUUAGUCCUAUGUUUUAAUACCCCUAUUUGAUGCCCUGUUUCGGGGGUACCCCUUCUAUUUGGUGCCCCCAUUUGGUACCCCUAUAAUCAUUGUUUGGUACCCCUAUUUGGUACCCUGUUUCUGGGGUACCCGGGAGCCGCAUCCUCCCUCGCUGGGUAUGAGCGAAUUCGCCCGUAAGGUUCCCUUCUCGGCGGACUGAAAAAAAGCAGGAACUCAGCGAGGAAAACGAAAACCCGAAGACUUCCCUUUUCAUUUGCAAAAAGCUUCAUAGUGUGAGCAUAGCACUCAGAUUCUGUUGACUUCAUUUUGAUGUUUUUUGGUGUGGUAAGUAGGGUGAGAUUUCCUUCGGCGAUGUCAGCUAGAUCACAGUAAAGACUUGUGCAGAAGAGCCAGCCGGGUCUGCUUCUUUACUAUUGCGGCGGCCGGGGGAUUGAAAGUAAGAUGACACGGGCGCAAGAAGGAACAGGGCCCGCUCCCUCCCGGACUUCUAAGGUGCAAUGGCGACAAGCGCAGUUUGUGUUCUACGUUCGUCUGACAUUUCUUGUUCACCUUCACGGACAAUGUGUGGUGACCUCCGAGAAUCGCCUACGGACGACGUCGAUCAUCCGGGGGGACGCGAGCACGACGAUGACUGCAGACGAAAAUACAAAUAAUCAUCUUGCCGACCUGGACGCUGUAGACCAAGAGGAUGAAAAAGAAAAUAACAACAAAGCUGCCGCGGUUUACAGCGCGGUCCUUCCGGUUCCGUCCACAAUCAGAGGAACUAGUACAUUUGCACAGCUCGUCGAUGAGGAUGACCUCGAAGGUGUGCACCAGCGAACGAGAGGCGCCCUUUUUAGCGGAAGGACAAGGAGCAGCAGCACCAGCUUGACAUUUAUGCCUCUGCAGUUGAACGCCACCAGGUCGACGUUUCCUGGUCCAAAGGAAGGAACAAGCCUGGUUGAGCAGCAGUGGCCGGAUGACGUUGCGGCCGCGAUUGCCACUAUCGAAGCCAGCGUUGACAAGAAUCUGUACGAGUGGACACAACCCGGGUACUGUACGUGCCAAGGAAACUUUUGCCCCGCGAAAUUCGCACACCCAGUCGAAGACUUCAAUACAUGUCAAGCUAACUGCACAAGUAACGCGGCAUGCAUGGGGUUCGCCUACUCCGGUAACUGCGAAUAUUCUGUGCAACACACACUUGUCGAUGGCGUGGCGUUGGGGCUCAAUAGCGGCCAGCUAUUAUCGGACAAAAUGAACAAACUCGGCAAAACGGACGCCGACGAUACCAGGACUAGAUUAAAUAAAAGCGGCUGGAUACCAUUCGGCUGUCUGCGAAAGAAACCCGGCAAGCAUCGGAGCUCUUUCGUGACGCGAUAUCGGUCCGCCUCACCACUUAGGGGGAUUUGCGGAUGUGGGCCGUCCGCGCUUUGCAAAACCAAGCUUGUGGUCCGAGGGCUGGCGUCGCAGCAGGCUUGUGAACAGAAGUGCGACGCAGCGCAGGGCUGUGCGGCUUACAUGUUUGGCUCUGUGUCAGACGCGCAGGGUUUCAAUCCGAGCGCCCCUCUUGAGCCAAAGACGAAUUACAUUGAAGAAAUCGCCGGAACUUGCCGUCUGUUCGAGAACACGCGAGACAGAGAAGGUUUUGCUUACCCGCCCGAUGGUGUGUUCUUGUAUCGUGAAAUUUACGACAACUCAGCCCUUUCUCCUGGAGACCUAUCCGAUUCAUCGAAAUGGAGGAGGAGAACCGAUGAAAACGGGACCGUGCUCGUAGAAAACGUUGAUGAGGCGGAAGAUUUUUUGUGGCUAGGCGAGUUCUGCAUGAACAAGAUGGAUGCUCGUGGGGCCAAUGCUACACACAAUAGGGGCGGCGUCAUGGCAAACGGGAUAGGCUCGGGCAGUGCAGUAUCCGCGUCAGACGAUUCGCUCCUAGAGUACUGCUUUUACGGAACGAUUAUUGGUGCGGCAGCUCUAAUGGUCGCGCUGGUUGUAGUGAUCUUCUUCUUUCUGCAGCAGGUGCAGCACCGGAAGCAUUCCUUGCUAAACAAGUCUCCUCGUCGAAGACCGGCGGCGCAGCGGUGGCGCCAGAGAACAAAAAUAUAUGCAAACGCGCAGCUGCUUGAGCCACAGGGAGAUCCCGGCACUGCUCUGGAGAAUGCUCUUGGAACUCGGGGAACGGCGGUGCGAAGCGCUGGCGGUGCUGCAAGUGCGACUUCGACUUACAGAAGGCGCGGAAAUAAAGCUCCACGGGAACAGCAGAGUCGCGGACUUGUUCCAUCCCAGCGGCCGAGUACGGUUCGAGAUUCGACAUACGUGCUUACCUUGCCGCGGAUCGAUCCCGCUCCCACGGUACUACUGAAACGAACAGCGCCGCCAGCGGUCGACCCAAAAUUCAACCAAUCACUUAAGCACGGAGCUGGAGCGCCGGAGGGCAUCGCAGAAGAGGAGUCCGUUACAGGCACCGUGCUUCCGGUGGGCCGUGACCCGGUGCUGCGGUUUGCGAACCGGCAUCAGGACAGACUGACGAAAACCACGCCACCACCGAUGCUGAGCCCCUUUGCGGGCGGCUCCGUGAAAAACUCUGAAGCAGCCGCACUUAUGCGUCCAGGUAACGCAGAGCACCAGCCUCAGCCGUAUCAAUUUGCGGGCCCAGGGACGAGGACACCAGCAUCGGCGGGGCCGGUAGGAGGCGCGACGGAGGCUAACAAGCUCUCCGACGACGGGAGUGACAUGGCAAACCCAGCGCACAUUGUGGAUGCACUUGCGUCUCUGGAUACAGAGCCAACUACUUACCUCCGCGUAGCCGGCGGCGAUGACACAGGCCCUCCUGCGCGUGCAGCGAAACACAGGCCGGAAACUACCUACCUGCGCGUGCUGCGAAAAGCGAUGGCUGCAGAGGAAGCGCGCGCUAACAUGGGUAAAAUCACGCCCUCCGGGCCCGCGCCACCACCAGAAUCCUAG